CUUCGUCGACUUGCUCAACAGCGUCUCCUCUGGCUACUUCCCUUCUGCACAACUAAAACCGACAGUUUCUUCCACCCAAGAACUCGCACACUAAUGGGAUUUAGAUUCCACAAUCUCCAUCUUCUAUACAGAAGCUGCAUGUCAAAACUUUCGCACGUCAAUAAGGAUUUUCACCCUAACCCCAUGAUCCAAACCCUCAAUUCUCAUCUCCAAGACCCUUCACUAACUCUCUCUGACAGACCCAUUUACAAAGUCUCCAGAAGGUGGCAUAUGGGCCAUUCCGACCAUGAUCGUGGCCUUGAUCAGCACCACCAGCAUCACCUUUCUGGCAAGGAGGGCGAGAACAUUUUCAGGCUGGGUCUCACUGCUGACAUUUUUUUGGCUAGCGGGAAGGCCCUGACGGGUUAUCUUUCCGGUAGCACCGCAAUUAUCGCCGAUGCGGCGCACUCAAUUUCCGACGUGGUUCUUAGUGGCAUUGCGCUAUGGUCAUUUAAAGCUGCAAAGGCUCCUAAAGACAAAGAACACCCAUAUGGACAUGGUAAAUUUGAGACUCUAGGAGCCCUUGGAAUCUCUUCUUUGCUUUUGGUUACUGCGGGUGGUAUUGCAUGGCAUGCUUUAGAUCUUUUGCUAGGGGUGUUAUCGUCACAUCCUGAAAUAGUUGAUCAGCCAUUAAGACAUGAGCAUGUGGAUGGCCAUCAUCAUAGGGGGCAUCACCAUGGAAUUGACAUGGAUCACCCCAUCCUGGCUUUGAAUAUGACCAUUGUAUCAAUAUGUGUUAAAGAAGGGCUUUAUUGGAUAACAAAACAAGCCGGGGAAAGACAAGGCAGUGGGCUGAUGAAAGCAAAUGCAUGGCAUCAUCGUGCAGAUGCUAUUUCCUCUGUAGUAGCUCUCAUUGGUGUUGGAGGCUCUAUUCUUGGAGUUAAGUUUUUAGAUCCACUUGCUGGACUUAUAGUCUCAGGCAUGAUCCUAAAAGCUGGACUUGAAAGUGGGUAUCAGAGUGUUUUGGAACUAGUGGACGCUGCGAUCCCAGCAGAACAAUUGGAUCCUAUUAAACAAACAAUACUUCAAACUGAGGGUGUCAAGGGAUGCCAUCGGAUGAGGGGAAGGAGAGCUGGGUCAUCUCUGUAUCUUGAUGUACAUAUUGAGGUUGAUCCUCUAUGUAGUGUUAGUGCAGCUCAUUACAUUGGUGAAAAGGUUCGUCAUCGAAUUCACAAAUCCCAUCCUGAAGUAGCUGAAGUUUUCAUACACAUAGAUCCUGCAAUUUCACAAAUCUCCCCCAGUGUAGCCGACCAGCAAGAAAGUAUGAAGGGGACCAGGUACCAAAAUAGAAAUAUUCCUGCCGUGGAUAAAGAUUUUGAAGCAGUUGUUUCUGAGGUCAUUUUGGCAAAGUUUCCUGAGAUCAUGGUUGUUGAGCGCAUUACCCGCCAUUUGUUGCAAGGCAAGGUUUUACUCCAAAUUGAGGUGUCUAUGCCCCCAGAAAUGUUGAUAAGACAGGCAAUGGAGUUGGCAGUAGAAGCAGAAAAGGAGAUUCAGAAGGCAGCCUCAAAUAUCAUUCAUGUCAGCAUUCAGCUGCGCUUGGGGCAUCCAAUGCCACAGUUGAACCAUGAAUAACAUACUGACCAAGAGAGAAGAAUACAGAACGUACAGGUUAUACAUGUGUUGUUUCUAGUUAGGGAAGAGUAAUAAAUAGGAUUGCUGAAGCACUGACAUAAUACUAUGGACAUCUAUUGUCCACAAGGGGCCAGGGAAAUUGCGUCUUUAACACUCCAAAGUUUCAUUGGAGCCACCUCGUUUAUCAUGAUUACAUUGUUUAGGGAACCAGUUUUUCGUGUAAUCUUUUAGUUUCAUCCACAUUCAGUUGAGAUCCAUGUUCUGUGCUGAGGGGACUCUGGUGAGAUCCAGAGUUGUUCCCCUCCUAAGCCUUUUCGAAUAUUUUGUUACAUAUGAUGCUGAAGUUUGUUCAUCAUAUUGUGAUGCAUUUUAUGUCU